AUCUUCAUUGAAAUUAUCAUUCGGUGUGUAGGAACGCAACAACCAUGUACUCUGCUCUGCUCCUUACUGUCGCGCUGGCGAGUGCCGCGGCGUGGGAGACUGUCCCAAGUCCUGAGCAGUAUGUGGAGACGCCAGACUUCUACCAGUAUCUACAUGCGCCGAGCCAUCACAGGCAAACUAGACAGCUACAUGGAAAUACGUUUUUUAAUUCUGAUGGGACUUCUGGUUUCGGAGUAUCAGCACCAUUCGGAACAAGCCAGAAGAAUACGUUCAGCGCAAUCGGAGGAGCCAACUUCGACGCCGCUAGUCGUCUGCAAUCUGCUUCCUAUGGAGUAGCCAUGAAUAAUGCCAACGGCCAUGGACUCUCCGUGACCAAUACUCAUAUUCCUGACUUCGGUAACCAGUUCAAAGCAGCUGGAUAUGCGAAUCUGUUCCGCAAUCAGAACCAUGACGUGUCCGUUAAUGGCUAUUUUGCUAAGAACAGGCCGCAAAUGCCACAGAUUCCUAGUUACAAUACUGUUGGGGCUGGACUAGACUAUAUGUUCAAGAACAAAGUGGGAGCAUCAGUAGGCAUAGCUCACACUCCAUAUUUUGACAAGACAGACUACUCGCUCAGCGGCAAUGCCAACUUGUUCAGAAACAAGGGCUCGUCCUUGGACUUCAACGCUGGUUUAAGCAAGUCUGUAUCACCCUUCAUGUCGAAUUCGAAAUGGGAGCCUUCUACUGGUUUUACUUUUAGGAAGUUCUUUUAAUUCUUAUUUUGAACUUUAUAUGUCUGUGUCGUAAGGUGUGAUUUUGUGUGUAGCGUAAUUUUAAUAGAUGUUUUGAAUUUUUUUGUAUGGAAAAUGUGUCAAAUGAUUUGUUAGGUAGACUAAUUGAGACUUAAAAAGACAUUGUGAAAAAGACCCUAAACUUCGUAAAAAUAGAAUUCAAAAUUCUUUAUCACUAUUAUAAAGUAAAACGUUCUCAGAAGACUGGUACUGCCUCGAUGUA